AUGCAGAUCUUCGAUAAUGUGACAGUGGAUGGAGCAUCUGCAUUUUGUCCAGGAUUUGAUGAGGAAGACAACCAGCCGCACAAUGGUGUUGCAGCAGAUCUUUAUGAUCUCACUGGAGAAGGCGACACAUGCAGUCCCAUGGGCAGUGCCAACAAGAGGGCUAGUAGUAGCAGCAAGAGGGCCACCAGCAUUGCAACAACAGGAGAGAGCCCUUCCAAGAGAACCAAGAGUCCUAUGGUUAAAGCUCUUAGGGGGCUGGUGAAUGAAAUCAAGAUUGACAGGGAGGAAGGGAAGAAAAAGGAGGACAAUUAUGCCAAGAGGGAGGAGGCUCGGUCCAGGGCAAUUGUAAAUGCACAAGCACAGAUCAUGGUGCAAAAACGCCAAGCAAUUCAAGAAGAGAUGGAUCAGUGUGUAGCUCUUGCUAAAGAGUGUGGUGUAGCUGAAGCAUCCGUGGAAAUGUGGGUGGCUUCGGAGUUGUUCAUGGAUGCUAACAAGAGGGCCUUUUUCAGAGCUAUGCAGACUAUUGAAGCAAGGCUUGCGUGGAUCCAAAUGCACUGCCAGCAGAGAGGAAUUGUGACCAAGAAGUAA